AUGUCCUGUCCUGACUGCUUCAGCGGACAUGUACAUGAAGGAACGCCCAAGGGGGAAGUAACCACCUUGCAUGGGCUAGAUGUCUACGUGACAGAACCCUCGGGAGGGGCGGAAGCCGUCAAGGGCAUCGUGAUCAUCAUCCCGGAUGCGUUCGGGUGGGAGUUUGUCAAUAAUCGGAUUCUGGCGGAUCGGUAUGCGGAGAAGGGGAAGUAUAGGGUUUAUGUGCCGGAUUUUAUGAAGGGACGUGCGGCGCCCGUUUGGGCUCUGGAUGCUGUCUCAUCGGUGAUGAAGACAGGGUCAAUUAAGGAUUGGGUUACGAAACCAUACCAUGUUUUCUGGGUCGCGUAUGCGAUGGUUCCCUUCCUUUACCAUAACAAGUUCGCCAACUCUUGGCCGGUGGUCAAGUCGUUCUUCACCGCUGUUCGCCAGAACGAAGGCGCCGAGCUCCCUAUCGCUGCCGCGGGUUUCUGCUGGGGAGGCCUGCACACCGUUUAUCUGGCACACGGGGAGGAGGUGGACGGAAAGCCCUUGAUCAAUGCCGGCUUCACCGGUCAUCCUAGCAACUUGGCCAUACCGGGGGAUAUUGAGAAAAUCAAGAUUCCCGUCAGCUUUGCCAUGGCAGAGCUCGACAGCAUGGUCAAAUUGCCGCAAAUCAAGCAGAUCGAGGGCGCUUUAGACAAGAACGGCGGGGUGGGAGAGGUGAAGAUCUAUUACGGAGUUGGCCAUGGGUUCUGUGUGCGAGCAGACGUCAUGGUCGAGAACGUCGGAGCGCAGGCGAGCGAAGCAGAAGACCAGGCAAUUGAGUGGUUCAAUCGCCACUUCGCCGGACUCUCCUUUUGA